UUACAAAUAAACAUAAUGUAUUAUAUUUUUUAAUUGUAUAUCAGUUUGAGUUUUCACGGGGCCCUAAGCCUUCUGGGGCCAUAGGCAACUGCCUAUCUUGGCUAAUGGUACCGACCGCUACUUUUACUAAGUAUUACAAACCUAUCUAAAACCCUCUAUAGCACAAACGUGUGCAAGGAGCAUCCAUUAACGUUAUUAGGGAGAGGGUUUUAAAAAUAUGUCUGCUGUCAUUUCUCAAAUAGUUAUUUGAGUUUGUUCUUGUCUAUGAGUCCUGCCAACACGUUGUGUUGUUUUACGAGGCUAUCGUUAAGAGGGAGAGACAGGAAAUAUCCCACUAAACCAAUGCAAAAUUACCGAAUGGAUCGGGCAGUUUUGCAACACAAACAAACAUUCUACAAUGUUUAGUAAAGUUUGAUCCAUAAGCCGUACAGUACAAUAAAGCAUAUUAGACCAUUCAUCCCUUUAUGGGGAACAAGGGAAAUCCAAACACCAUAGAUAAGUGUCCAGAAUAUCAUGCAUUAAGUUAUAUUCCAGUUUACUCAGUUUCACACCUCUCCAGGUGAGUUCAGGGGGGUGGGGCUGACGGCCCAUACCUGUUGUUCCAGAUCUUUAGAGAAACAAAUGUUAUGCUGGACACAAGUGUCUGUUGGAGACUUGGUGUGGCCAGACUCUCCUUUUAUUCAAAUACACUUACACUCUUCUCUUAUUACACUACACCUGUAUGCUGUACAGUAAACUGUAUGAUCAAUAAUUGUUAUAUAGUAUGUUCAAGUCAACCCCUGACAUAUUUAACAUAACAACUUUUACACCAUACCACAGGAAAUUAUCUAACUAUGCUUCCUUAUUUUUCACUUCUGUGUCUGUGGCAGGCUGAUUAUAAAGACUCCUGUAACAUUCAUUGUCAGUUCGUAGUCAGUCAAGGUCUGAAACUGAUAUUGUAUUUUUCUUAAAACAAGUUUGGGGAGUAUCAAACAAUUCUGUAACCUACAUGUGGGCCACACAUUUUAGUCAUUUCUGUGGAAAUAUUACUAUGGAAAUAUGUCGCCUGUCUACCAUUGUCCUACUGGCAAUCAUUGCCACUGCCAUCUUAUCAGCAGACAGGAUCAGUUUGGACAAACAUGUUAAGGGGUACCUAGGUAAUGAUGUCAAACUGGGCUGUAAAUUGCUCAAUGGCAAACUCACUCAGUUCCAGUGGCUUUUGGUGAAACCAGAAAAUACGGUUACGUUAUUAGUUCAUAACCCUGAUCAUGGGCUUUCCAUUCAUGAGACACCCCUAAAAGGAAGGUUGGAGUCAGCUGGUACUGCCCUGGAUGCCUCCAUCACUAUAAAAGACGUGCAGAUGAAUGAUACUGGGACAUACACCUGUGAAGUGUCAUCCUUCCCCGAUGGAUAUUUUAGAGGAAACGUCACCCUUACUGUACUGGAUCACCCUCGUCCUCUUUCUUCUGGUGAGGUUGUUGGGAUUGUGACUGCAGUCCUUCUGUUUGUGCUCACCUUGACAGUAGUAGCUUAUAUCAUCAUUGUCAGGAAGAGGGAGGCUUUUUGCAACUCGAGGGUUGGUGCAAGGGGCCUGGUGGUCAAUGCAGAGAGGACAGAAAGAGCAGUGGACCUUGUUUAUUCUGACAUUGCCAGCUUCAGGAUUGCCAAGAACAUUGACCCCAAGCCAUCUACAGAUCACCAGAAGCAUGCAGAAGUCAACCCAGAUGUGGAUGUCAUCUACGCAGGCGUGGCAGUGGGUAAACAACAUCAUGUAAGGGAAGAUAUCAUUUACCACAAGGUGGUGAAAAAGGACGAAGAUGACGACAAUGAUUGGAUUGUUUAAGCACAGUAACAUAAAAUAUCCAAAAGGGUGACCUUAACAUUCACUUAACUAAAGUUUUACUUUAUUCCUUUAUGAGUAACCUCCUUGUCAAAUUAAAGCAAUAUGAAUUCUAGAGAUGUGUGAAUACUGAGAAAUAUUUUGAACAUACAUUUAAAAAUGUUCAGAAGAUUAAUUAAAACAUUUUCGGAAGAUGGUAGGUGGACAUGUACUGUUAGCAGCAGUGUAGAUUUAACAUACUGAUUGUGUACCUUUUAUAGACAUCAAGAAAAACGUUGUCCAUCACAGUCCCAUUGUUUUAGAUAUGUACAAUUUUAUUUAUGUUUUGUAUUUUAAUGUUGUUGUUUGAGAUGUUAAAAUGUGUAUUAAUGCUAGUUCUGAUAUAGCAUUGAUAGUUUUUUGCAUUAUUGCUAGGAGACCCUGAUUCCUUGACAUUCUCUGUUUUCUGUACUUCAUUGUACUGUGCGGCUAGUCACAUGGUUUUCUAGUAAAUAUUAAGAGCUUAUUACUGCUAGCUUUAGCUUGCCACAACUGAUGUAGUUAAGGAUUUAUUUCUGUCUGGUUACAUGCCUAGAAAGAAGUGAUCUAUGGUGUAGGCAGGGCAGGGUUUUUGCAGCAGUCAAUUGGCAAAGUAUCCCAACUAUUUCACCCUACGACUCCCAACUCAAUGGUAACAUGGUAAGGUCACAACCUGUAAUACAUCCAGACCAUUGAAUCUGGUGGGUUCACAGAGGUGUGUACUUCGAAGAGAUUGUGCCUGUCAAGAAGUCAAGUGGGUCAAAAAUAAGCUUGCAUCCAGACAAAGAUUUUGGGCUGGUGGGCGAGUAGCUCAAAGUGGAAUAAUAAUUAUAGUUUAAGAAUAUUGGGGCCACAAUUAUUCAUCAUGUUGUCCACUACUGCUAAAACAAAGGUAUAAAAAAUACGUACAUACAUCUUCUUCCGCUUCAUCCGGGACCGGGUUGCGGGGGCAGCAUUCUAAGCAGAGAUGCCCAGACUUCC